GAAUGAGGCUAGAGAGCGUGAGAGAUGAGGCUAACCUGCAACAGGCGGCUCAUUUAAAGUUUGAUGGGUUGACGAGUGGCGGCGCUGGUGUUCGCCGGCGACGCGAUCCGAGCGUGCGGCGAGCCUCGCGCGGUGAAUUCACGAGUUCAGUGAUUCAGUAAAACGCCGGUACUCGAGGCGUCAGCACGGUGAGAAACGGAAAUUUUGUUGCGCUCAUAUCGCGAAAUGCAUGUUCUUCAAACGAACGUUACAGAAAUUCACUAGCAAGAUUGGUAGCGCGUUAUCGUGUUUUUCGUUGAAUCAAACUUGAGGGCAUGUGGUUCAUUUCGAAAUAAAAUAAUCAACAAAUAUUUGACAGUUAUUUUGAAAUUUCUCCCGAGUGAAGUGGCCGGUGACGUGACAUCGAAAGAUCUCGUUCGUGGAAUUUCGCAUAAAAACCAAGACCACCGACCAUCUCGAAUCGAUUUGUAAGAAUUACACCAAAAUAAACACUUUGUGAAAAUAGAGCAAACGUCCGACCCUCUUGAUCGCGUGUUAACGAAAUUUCGUGGAUCGAUCAACGUGAUUACGGGAAAAGUGAAUGAUAAAAAUAUUGAAAACUCGUGUUAACUUGAAUGAUUUCUCGGAUUUAUAUUUGAACGUGUACGCGCGUGUUUUUCUCUGCCUGUGUGAGCGCGAAGCCGUCCGGGGUUCGGUGAUUCAUCGAUCCUCCAUUCGUAUUUCCUUUCCGCGUAUUUUUUUCUCUUUAAUGUCUCGUAUUUCAACCGGAAGCUGCAGAAGAACGGUAUAUUGAAAACUAAAGAAGACUGUAGUCUUGCGGAUGAUUCGGAGUGCCCGUACCUAUAAUAUAUGUGCAAACAAAACACAUAUAUAUAUACGUACAGAUAAAUACGAUACGGGUAAACGCGUGCUCUUUGAAGUGAGAAAGAGAGAAAACAAAGAAAGGAGAAGAAUAGGAGAGUCUCGUGCUCGUAACUCGAGAGCCGAACACACGCUCGCAGCGGAAUCUUUUCUCAUUUCUUUCCACAUCUAUUUCUCGUGUUCGCUCGUUGUUUGACAACGACAAAUAUCAAACAGAGUCGGACAAGUGGGCUCGCGUACGUGUACACACAGAAAUCUAUAAACAUAAAUGCAGAAAAGGCGAACGAACCGCGAAAGUUUGUGAGUGUCCCCUAACGAGAAAAAUAGUCGAGAAAAAGUUUGAAAAUUUCCCACGCUCCGCGUUGUUUUUUCCUGGAUUAUAAAAACUUUGACAAAUUCCCGGAGCUCUGCUUCCACGCGUUUUUUUUCGUCAUAAUCGUAAGCCAAGUUUUAACAUUUCUUUUUCACCUCGAAAUUAUGGUUUGCUGAGGCGUUUGUUCGCGCGUAUCCAUCGUGUUUUUCGAGCGUGGGAAGUCCCAAGAUCCCGGGAGCGAAAGAGAGUCGGAAGAUACAAGAGAAAGACGGAAUUCACCGAUCGGUCUUGCGAUUAGCGGCAGAACCAACAAAAGCGGCGACCGUAACAUUAUACACGGAUUGUGACCGCGCUACGUGACGUAUAUAUACUCCUCGGAUACAACAUAUAUUUACAUAAAACAUCGCGUUCCGCGCUUGGAAAUCAAGUUACAACAGGAAAAAUGUGAUCUUUGAGAGUCCAAGACAAAUAUAUCAAGAGUGAACAUAAUAACAACAGUAUUAAGAUCGAAGUUCGUGAUAAAACCUUCCGUUUUUUUUCUUCAAUUCUCUCGUCAUUUUUUAUUCCGAAUUCCAUCAAGAUGAGCAGGAAUAACGGGAACGGGAUGAGGCUCAUGCCGAUGGUCAGCACUAUCUUAAUCGUCGUGUUUUUUUCGCGUUGCUGCGACUCGAACGAGCUCAAAGACUAUUGUUCCGUGCAUCGCUACGAAAAUUUGAUCAUCAGCGGUUUGAGAUUCACCAAAGAGGUCGUUACGACCGAGUACGCAAACGUUGGCGCGUUCAAGGCGAUUCACUGCUGUCUCCGUGGAUACAGAAGCAUCGAAUGGUACAAGGACAACCGCGCUUACCCCUGGCCAGGUGGCGAGAGUCAUUUCAUUCUGUAUCCCGAAAGUGCGAACCAAACGAUCUACACACAGGAGGUGAGAUCCUCCGAUGCAGGGAGAUACUCUUGUCGUGCUCGAAACGACACAACCUCCUUGGAGGAAGACAUUACGCUCCAAGUUCUUGGGGAGGAGGCAGCAGGUUACACAGGAAAGCCAUUACCGACCUAUAAACCAGCCUCCCAAAUGGUACCUCUCGGAGCUUCGGCACGACUAUUCUGCGAGGCCUAUCUCGGACGUGUCGAUCUCCCGGACGCGAAGAACUCGGUGACCUGGUCCAAGGUCGGCAGCAACCUCACACUGCCCGAUCAUGGCAGAUUGUCUCAGCAUCGAGUCUCGAGAGAGGACGAUGAAAUAGUCGGUUCUUACUUGGAGAUCGAGGAUAUCACACUCGAGGACUAUGGCGAAUACGAAUGCCGGAUCAGCAAUGGUGUCGACGAUGAAAUGAAUCUGCCAGCUCAUAUUUAUCGUCAAGAGCCACUCUACGACCUCGGAUUUCGAAAUGGUUCCUGGAGAAAAACACUACUGUUCGGUGUCCUUGUUCUUGUCAUUGGCUUAUCCGUUGGAGCUUUCUACGCGAGAUGCUGGCUGCCAUUAGCGGUCAUGUGUCGCGACAGAUUCGGCCUCCUUGAAGAAGACGAUGGCAAGGAAUGCGACGCUCUCGUUUGUUACCAUGAGAGGGACUCUAACUUCGCAGUUGGCAUUCUUGUUCCAACACUCGAAUCGAGACACCGCUUCAAGUGCACGACUCUCGAGCUCACUCACGUAAAACACAAUUGGGGUCUCGAGAUUGGACCACACGCGGCGUCAGCGCGAAGAAUAAUCGUCGUUUUGGGGCCAAACGCCCUUGAGAACGUCUGGACGGAAUCGAGUGUAGCUGCUGUACUGAAACAAUUGUCUUCCCUUUCAACGAGAACAAUAAUAAUAAGUCUGAAGGAUUUACCGAAUACAACGUCGAUCGCGAAGUCUUCGAGGCGCAAUGGUCUCGCGGCGGUUUCACAUUGCAACGACGGGAUCGCGUUCGAUCGUUUAACGAUUUUACGUUGGGAAGAAACGACGAGUAGCGGGGACGGCCAUGGUAUCGGGGGUUACAAAUUUUGGUAUAAAAUACGGAUGUCAAUGCCACCGAUGCGACCCCCACCGAUGAGGAUCAACGUCAACUCGAGAUGUCAAUCUGUCGGAAUGAUCGUACAAGCCAACGGCAACAAAUCCAAUCAACAGAAAGCUCGCUCUCGCGAGAGUCUCGAAGUUCUUGUAUAAAUAUCAGCAGUGAAAAAAACCUCAAUGAACAAAGGAGAGGGUGCAAAGUACAUUUUGCUCUUUUAUCGCGGCUUACUCGCUCGUGAUUAUCCCAAACGAACCGACAAUAUGUUUUAUCCUGCUCACCUUCUUACGAGCCAUGCAUAGAUGUUUUAUUAUUAUUAUUUUUUAUUAUCACUUUUCGUUUUUUUUUUUAAUCAAAUAAUGGAUAUCUGGAAAAGAUCCGUCCGAGUAACGUCGGUUCGCUCGCACGACCCGUCCGAAAACCUCCCGUUUCUUCUUGUACUUCUCCUUUUUUACGAACUAGUUUCCUUUUUGUAUCACAAACCCUACGUAUUUUAUACUCUCUUAUAUAAAGCUCAAAAUAUCGACUGUUCCCAUCUCUCCGCUCCUUAUCUUCGUGUCGUCGUUUGACGAUUUUUUCCAUUCUCCAUUUCUACCCGAUUCCUCCUUUUCAGAUCUCGUUCUGUUUUCGUUUUAAAACGCGUUGUAAAUAUAUGUAUUACUGAAGUCAUUCGCUAUCGCGCAAAGUAACCUUUAUUUAUUUAAUUAGCAGUAUUAUUUAUGUUACGACUUGUUUUAUUCUUUUUUUUUCAAUGUUCUGUACGUAAAUUAGAUUCAACUAGCUCAUAUUCUGAAGCUAUCCUUGAAUUUGUAAUCUACUUGUGUAUAUUGUUCCACUAUUCCGAGUCAAAUCGACGUCUGACCAUUAUGAGUAGUAAUCUUUUUGAAUAUUCCCGAACGUACGAUCAAGAGAGUAGGAAAGUUUAACCUCGCCGAAUCACGAAUCUCUUGAAUUUCCAAUUAAUCCUAAUUCUCCCCGCCAAUUCUAUUGAUCGUCGGGAAAAACUAAUAAAUUUUUCCUGAAAUUUCGGUAAAAAUUCAUGCGCCGAAAUCAGCCUCAACGUUCGAAUUAUUCAUUCAUGGAGUUACAGUCUUUUGGACCUUUUUGUUCAAUAAUUCAUUGGCACGUUCAAGCGCAACAGAAUUGUUUUGUAAGAUUGUAACGAAAUUUCCCUGCAAUUUUAGUUUUUCGCAUAUUUGGAAAUGCUAUUGGGUCACAACGACGUUACCGAUGAUGAAAAAUGGAGACAGUCUGAACUUGGCGUGCGAACGGUAGAAAACUGUUUCUUUUCUUCAUGUCUUUUGUUUUUAUACGUAUUAUUUCAUAAUUUUGUCGUACAAUGAAGAUGAAGAUUGGGAAGACAGAAUGAAAAAUAACAUGACAAGUACUAAUAAUUUGUUAAAGAAAUCAUGGAAAAUGAAUGAAUAUUUGUGAUUUAAGGAUUAAGGGUUGCGCCGUAUGAACGAGAGUGAAUCCGUUUGUUCACUGUCUUGUUGUCUCGUUUUCUGUAAUAACUGCUUACGAUUAUUAUCAAAUUUGUGUUCGAUUGUUCAAACGAUUUUUCACGGUCUGCGAAGAUUCUGCGAGCCUUGUUUAAUAAUUUUUUUAACAGUAAUCCUCUUUACUGUCAGUAUUAAAAAUACUAGAGAGCGUACUACUCGCAUCCGCGCGAAUUAUCAAACUUGAAAUCCGUCUGGAAUUAAGGUUUGGUGGAUGAGUUCGAGUUUGUUAUAAAUAUAUAUAAAAUAUAAAUAUAUAUAUAUAUAUAUCUUUAUUCUUUUAAGCCGUUUUCCCCGUCAUUGUUCUGUAAAAUUCGUAUUGAAUCAGGCAAAUUAGAUAAAUGGAGAACCAAAAAGCCCACACAUUCGCACAACUGUCGUGAAUGAUGCUAAAUAUUUUACAUUCGAACAUUGAUCCGAUUCUGGGGAAACAAAAGUGUGUAUCAAUUGUAUGAAUAUUGACGAGAAAAAGUUUCAGAAUUUUUUGAAUAUAUACGCACGAGAAUGAAAAAUAGAAAGAGUAAAUGAGAGUGAGUGUGAGGGCGAGCGACAGUUGAACGCUAUAAAUAAGUGUUUGUAACUGUAAUCCAUUACUGUUCGUUCGCAAUAUUGUUUCAUCAUCUUCUAGGCACUUGUACUUGAGACGAAUGAGCAGAAACAAUGCGAGUUUCAUCGUUUCGUUACAACACAAGUAUUUCACGUUAUCAUUCAUCUUAUAACAAAAUAAAAGAUAACAAAAACAAUAAUUAAAAUGGAAA